AUCAUGAAAGAGAGAUGAGAAAGACAGAAAAAAAAGAGAGAGAAAGAGAAGCAGUACCUCUCACUGUGUGUCUCUGACUUCGAUGCAUGCAAGAGGAAGAUGAUGAAAAAAUUAUUGUGAUUCAACAAAACAAGAAAAAAAAUAAUGUAUAGAUUAGAGAGACUGUUAUUACAUGAUAUAUAGAUGAAAAAAUUAUUUGCUGCUGAUGUUCAUCACUGCAAGGAUUCUGCAUUUGGGUUUCUCUCUGAUUGAAAAAACAAGGAAAUACUGAUUUCAUCCUUUUUUAAGAGGAAUGGAAGAUUUUUGAUCUCAUGGCUGAUUCUUCUUCCAAUUUCUCUUUACAUUCUGAUACAAUAAGCACAAGACAGAUAAGUUCCUCAUUUUUUCACACCUCUGUCUUACCAGAUUCUGAAUCUGCUUGGAGCCCUACAUCUCCUCUGGAUUACAAACUCUUCUCAAAUCUUAGCAAUGUUUUUAGCGCUAAGUCUUCUCGACCUUCAUACCAAACUGGCCAUAAGAAGCAGUUUGAUGGAAGUAAAGUAGGCCUUGGCAUCAUAACUUCUCUUGUUAACGAAGCCAAACUUAACAAUGAGAUCCUUGGUAAAUUUCCAAGGAAAAAUAUAAUUUUGAGAUCACAGGUGAAGAAGAAUGGAAUACUUAAAUUCUCGAAGAAUAACCAUGAAUCUCUUGCAUCUUGUUUAAAAUCCAAUUCCUUGCCCAAAAACUAUGUGAUUUCAACCGAAAGUCCUAAAUCAGAAGUUGAAAGCUUUGAUGAUAUCGGUCGGGAAUCUAAAGGUCUCAGAGGUAUUGUUGCCUCUUUGUCUGAUUCCUCUAGGCCUUCUUCAUUAAUCAACUUGAAUCAAAAUUUGAAUUUAGGAACCGAUGAUUUGUUUGUAGAAGACACGUCUACGGUAUCGAGUUUGCCUCCGGUUACAAAAGGAAGUUCACUAGUAGAUAAUUCUUUGAAAAUUACAGCAAGUUCACUUCCAAUAUCCAUUGAUUUCAGUAAUGGAUAUGUAGGCUCACUCUCUGCAAAAGAGAUAGAGCUUUCUGAGGAUUAUACUUGUAUAAUUUCUCACGGUCCGAACCCUAAGCGGACGCAUAUUUUUGGUGACUGCAUUUUGGAAUGUCACAACAAUGACUUUACCGAGUUCUGCAUGAAAGAAGACCCGCCUUUCAGAUCUUCUCAGGUUCCCAUGUUUUCAGAAGAAUCAGUACCUCAUCAUUUUGACAAUGUUACAAGCUUUUGUCACUCGUGUAAUAAGAAAUUAGACCAGGGUUCUGAAGACAUUUAUGAUUAUAGUGGCGAGAAAGCAUUUUGCAGUUUUAAGUGUCAAUCGGAGGAAAUUUUGGCAGAAGACGAAAUGGAGAAAACUUUCACAAACUCAGAAGAGAGCUCUCCUAACUCAAGUUACCAUGAUCUCUUCCUCAUGCAAGUAUCCAAAUAACAUGCUUUAUUUACUUUAUUUGGAGACAGUAUCCAAGUAAUGAAAUUGUUGUAGACAAAUUUAUUUGCAGACAAUUGCCUAUGUGUAUUUGUUUUUGCUUUCACCUUUGGGUUAUUGCUGUGCAAGUAUGCUAUGUGUUAGUUGUCAAGAACCAAAUUUCAUGGUUCUGUGAGUUGUAGCUAGGAAAGGAAGAGUUUUCUCUAUUAUGAAUAACUCAAAACAGUUAUGUGCAUUGUAAUGUUUAAUGGAUGAGUUGAAAGAGGCCACCGGGCCCUCGCACAUCCCUAUUUUACUGUUUAUCAUUUUUUUUUUUUUA